GACGCAAGCAAAGCAAAGCUGCUGCAAUGGUCCAAGACGUGGUCAAUCGAUCGCAUUCGCAUUCGCAUUCGCGCAUCGCCCACUCCCCCUCUCUCCAGGUUUCAUUGUCGAUCUCCACCUUCUUCUUCCCCGAACCUUAUUUAAGCCCCGCGGCGGCCGCGUCUUCCUCUUCCCCGACGGACGGAAGAAGAAGAUCCGAUCGCCCGACCCGAAACCACCUGCACCACCCCACCUCGGCCCUUCUUUUCCCCAAGAAAGCAGCCCAAACUUAAACAAAUCCCAGAGGGAAGGCGGCAGGUGCCUGCGUGCGUGCGCGUCGGCCGCUACAAUUUAGCUACCCGCCGCUUCCUCCGCCUCGUCCUCAUCGCGGCCAUGGAGGGGUAGCGAGAUGAUGACGAGGAGGAGAUGGGCAUGAGGUGCAAGCGCCACCCCUUCCAGGCCGGCGGCGGCGUCUGCGCCACGUGCCUCCGGGACCGCCUCCUCGUGCUCGCCGCCGCGCAGAACUCCUCCUCCUCGCCGGCACCGUCACCGUCACCAGCGCCAGCCCCUCCUCCUCACCCUCUCGCGGCGAAGACGGCCCCGGCGUUCCCGAGGUCCGUGUCGCCGUACGUGUCCCGCAGGAAGUCCGACUCCUCGGGCGCCGCGCUCCGGAGCCACCACCCGAGCCUGCUCUUCUUCCGGACGCCGCAGGUCGGCCCCAGCGCCCCGCUCGAGGAGGGCGACAUCGGCUACCACAAGCGCCGCGCAGGGAAGUUCUCCGUGCUCUCCACGCUCUUCGGCAACCACCACCACAACCACCACAGAUCGGACGAGGACAAAGCCAAGGACCGCAACAAGAACCGUUCUUGGCUGGCCGGGAUCAUCCCGCGCCGACGCAAGAAACAGCCGGCGCUGCCCCCUUCGUCCCCGCCGCCGAGGCGCUCCUGCCGCGCGGUCAGCAACCGGGGCCUAUCACCUGAACGGGGCAGCAGCGGCGACGACGAAAGCAGCUCGCCCUCCACCGCCGACCCCGACCCGCCGUGGCGGCCGUCCCCUUCGCCGAUGCGGAAGACGCCGUGCCGGCGCCGCCAGUCCAACGUCGGCAUGCCGUCGGGGCUCGCCGUCUGCCUCAGCCCGCUCGUGCGGCCCAGCCCCGGGCGCCGCCGCCGCGCCGCCGCGCAGCCGCCCGACACCUUCUCGGCCGAGCUCCGCCCGUCGCCGCUCCACGCCGCCUCCGCUGCCGUCCCGCGCUGCCGCUCCAGGAAGCUCGCCGACGGCGCUCGCUUCCGGUGAUCUUGUCCGUUUCUUUUUUCUUCUUUGUUUUUUUUUAUAGUGGUAUAGUAUGAUCUUUUCUUCCCGCGCGCGCUCGCUGUCACGCAAUCCCAAUUACGACCGCCUCUUGGUAGCUUCUUCUGGAUUUACGACGACUUGUCCAUCUGUGAAGAAGAGAAAUCACUCCGUUGACAUAUACUCAUACUAGUUGUAGUAGGCUACUAGUGUACUCAUACAAGUGCUUUGAUUGUCUGUACAGCUAGCUGUCUGGUUCUGAUUUGCAAAAAAGAUUCAAGUAA